AGUGCCGCCCAGAAAGGCGGAUAGUUUCUUUCAUACUUAUUUUUGAACAUAAACUCUAACUCUGUGUACUUUUAUGAUAUUUCGUGAUUUUAACUAGUAGACUGUCUCUCCAAUGUUGGUUAUUAAGUCGAAGGUUUCUUUUAUUGGAGUUUUAAGGCCGGGCGUGUCCAUGAAAUAUUAAGAUAUUAAGUUGAUAUUAAGCAUCAUAAGUAAGAUAACAUGAGACAAAUCGAACCAUACUGUCCGUUGGGGGGUUGGAUGGAGCAGGAAAAUACUGGUCGUGCUAUCGCUAGCGAAUGGAUGGACAACAUGGACGACCCGCGGGACGUUCAAACUUCCAAGCGAAACGGGAGCUCCAGGUCGUUAUUAUCGGCCGGUUCCGCAGUGGCUAUGGAGAUUAAACGGAAAAAGAUACGGCAGAGUGCCUUAUUCCUGCAAACAGAGAACACUAACUUGCAAGAAAAGUUGGACUUUGAGGUGCGAAUGCGAGAGGGGGCCUAUAAGCUGCUGCUCGCCUGCACUAAGAGAGAACAGGUUCUUAAUGCCUCAAAGAACCUACUGACCUGCAACGCUAGGAUCAAGGCUUAUUUCACUCAGCUGCAGAAGAAAAAAGAGGAGCAGGACAUGAUGGGAGCAGUCAGAAGACUUUCAAAUCCAGUUUCAGAUGACCGUGUGCCCUGUAAUGGGACAAUUGCAAUGUCUGGGCUGCGUUUUCCUUUGAUGUGGAGGGAUUCAGACCACUUUAACAACAGAGGGAGCUCUCGUCGAGUGGCGGUGUUCUGUCUGAUCCAGAUUGGCUCCGAGGUGUUUGACACAGAGAUGGUGGUGGUGGACAGAUCAGUCACUGACAUCUGCUUUGAGGGAGUCACCAUCUUUAAGGAAGCAGUUCCUCAGUUUGAGCUGAAGGUGGAGCUGUGGAGCUGUGCCAUGGAGGACGAGCUCACGUUGGUAAACACGCCAAAGAAGCUGGCCAAGAAGCUCCGCAACUCUUUUGGAAAAACUGCUGGGAAGAAGCUCUGCCCUCUGCUGGACACUCCAGACCCUGACACCUUCCUGCAGUACAACCCCAUACCCUCUGGAGCCAAGUACAGCCUGCUGGCCUACACUACUCUGUGUCUGCCUGAGGCUGAAGGCAGCUUUCAGUCUCACUCCCUCAUUGUCCUCCAAGACGCUGAGUGGUCAUCUUGGCUUCCACUUUAUGGCAACCUCUGCUGCCGGUUGGUGGCCCAGCCUGCCUGUAUGACACAGAGCAUGAUGACCGGCUACCUGAGCCAGAAGCAAAGUGUGGAGGGGAUGAACCGCUGCUGCAGUCUUUACUCUGUCUUGAGCGCAGGCUUUUUGUCCUGUUACUUCACCCCCGAAGAGAUUGAGGCUAAAAUGCAGCCCACUCUCAACAUACCUAUCAAUAAGGACACCCGGAUCCAUGUGAUGGAGAAGGAGUCAGCAAGCCAGAAAUCCAGGAGUCUAUCUCUCAUCAACCCUUCACCAGAGGGAUCUCAGACCAUUGUCUUCAUCACAGACAGCAGGGAGGAACUGGAGGACUGGCUGGAUGCCCUCCACCAGCACCUCUAUGAUCAGAGCCAGUGGCUGCACUGCUGCAACCAGCUAAUGAAGAUCGAGGUCGCAUCACCACGGAAACCAUCACUCUUCCUCACCAAGCAGGCUGACUCUGUUUACAACGACCUCAGUAUAAGUUCACCUGGCAAGUUUGAGAGCAUCACAGAUAUCAUCCACAACAAGAUAGAGGAGACAGAUGGCCGCUAUCUAAUUGGUCAUGAAGAGGAGAAGGAAGCGCCUAAUUGGUCCACUCUGUUUGAUGGAUCCUAUUCAGUGGUGGUGCAGAAGAGUAUUUUGUCCCAGAGCAAAACCUCCACCCCUUGUUCAAGCCCCAACCCCAACACCAGCUCUACAUCCAUCAGCAACAAGAAGCGGCGUGCCCCCCCCCCUCCUUCUGACAGAGAGCCUUAUGUUCCUCCCGUCCAUCCUGCCAGACCUCCCCUCCCUGCCAGACCUCCCCUCCCUGCUUCUCUUCAUUAUCCUCCUCCUCCUCUCUCAUACCAGGAGAAGGAGAACUCCGGCGCUUGCGCUUCACGCCCAGCCACAAGGUCCAAAACUGGCAGACCAUCUCUGGACGCCAAGUUUUCUGCCAUCAUCCAGCAGCUCCAGCGGAACAACACUGGAGGAGCCGGGGCCCUCAGCCGUAAAAACGCUCCACUGGGCAUCCUCGAUAUACAACCACAAGUUCAGCCUCAGCCCCCUCUCGAGCAGCUCGAGUACCAGAUCCAUCACACCCAGACCCCCGAAACCACAGCUGAUCAGGGCUUCAUCAGACCCAGUCAUGGUCCUGUUCCUGCACCACGGAGCAAACUAAGGAAGUCUUUCAGAGAGAGGAUGAACCUUAAACCCUUGUGACGUUGACCUUCGACCAUAGAUCUGGAUUUUACCAACCUUUCCACUAAUCCAAAUAACUAUAACAACUAACUGUUCUAGAACUUUUUUCAACUGAGCUGGGUAACAUUAAUAAAACCACAUAUCACAAUAUAUUUGACUGUAUCUCGAUAGUGAUACUGUGAUGAUAUUUUGGGCAUGGUCUUUCUUGCCAAGAGUUAGCUUAGCGUAGAUCAAUACCCAUCUCAUAUCUGUAUGCUAAAUAUGAAGCUGGAGCUGUGAGAUGGCAAUCUUAGUUUAGCUUAGCUCGGCGUAACAAUUGGAAACAAGGAGAAACAGCUGGCCUGGCUCUGAUGAAGCGUAACAAAAUCUCCCUACAAGCACCUCCAAAGCACAUUAAUUAACAUGCUAUAUCUUGUGUGUUUAAUCGUUACAAAAAACAACAAAGUUACAGUUUUAUGGGGGAUUAUGUGUAAACCAUGGGGAUUAUGUGCCAGGCUAGCUGUUUCCCCAUGCUUUCAAUCUUUGUGCUAAAGUAAGCUAGCCAUCUCCCAGCUCCGGCUUCAUAUUGAGCGGAUAGCUCUGAGAGUGGCAUCAUUCUUCCCAUCUAACACUCAGCAACAAAGUGAAUAUGCGUAUUUCUCAAAAUGUCAAACUAUUUCUAUAAACUGAAGGAUGGGCUGAUUACAUGGUCUCUUAAAAAACAUUCUCACAACGUCCACCAUGACAACGCAAAUCCCAGUUGACACCUUGCAUCACAAUAUCGACAUUGUAUUGAUACAGCUCCAGCUGUACUCUCCAUUUAUAAACUUUUUCGUGUGCAGCUAGCCCAUUGAUGAAAUUGGAAGCUGUAUGUUGGCUUGCGCACCGCCAUCAUCAAUCCCACUAAAAUGGAAAGGCUUAUUUCUCAGCUCUGCCACUGGAACAUGUACUGAAGAAAGAGCCUUUGCAAAAGCACUCAAAUUGGAAUUGAUCCACUGGCCAACUGUGAAGGAGUCAUUCCUUUUGGAACUAUUGACUUAUUCCACUUACUGUGACGACUUUAUGACCCCUAUAGCUGAUUUUAGGGGAACAGGAUUUUAGGAGAAACUGCAAGCACUAAUGCGACUUGUCCAUUUCCCAGAGGUCUUAAUAAUGGAGUGACAUUGGUUUUCAGUGUCUACACAGUGUGUCCAACAUAAUUUAACCCUGCAGCCCAAAAAUGCUUUGAACAUAAUUAAAUGAUUGAGUCUUUUGUGUGGCUAAAAUAACGAAUGCCUUUGUGUUUCUGUUUUGAAGAUAUCCAAUACUGCCAGCCACUAUUUCAACCACUUAAUGAUCACGUGUUGAUGAAUGGGCUUCAUAAUUAACUAGAGUGUACAAAACAUUAGGUUUGGUUACUUUCUCUGAAAUUGCCAGGCCAAAUGAAGCAGUAUGGUGAAAGCUACAGUCCCAUCUUUUAUCUCACUCUCUAAAUUCUGUUUAAUCAGGAGGGGGAGAUGUAGAUUUGGGGGGAGGCAGAUUACAGGAGGAUUUAGUUUAAACCUUGAAAGAACUGAGAAUGGAUUGUACAAAAGGGGAUGCAGCUCAGUAUUAGCAGUGUGUUUAAGUGUGUCCUGGGCUUGGUGUGUAUUAACAAAUAUUUAGUCACUUUGAUGUUUAACUGUAUAUACCUGCAAAAACAAGGGAAGGUUCUAGAGUCAAACCUCAUGGGAUUAGUUUUUACAGAUGCUGAUGUGGUUAAACAUUGGGCUGUGUGAUUAUGGCUAAAAUCAUCACAGUAAUUAUACUGCACACCCUGCAUCUUAACACGUUAAAUUACAUUUCAGUAUCAAAGACAGUUGCUGCGAAAAACUAACAUUUCUGUUUAUUAUUUUGGACAAAUAACUGUAGCCCUGGGGACUAAUUUUAAUGCAACCAGUGUAGGAAAGGUUGCCUCUAUUGACAUUAGGGUUGAGGUAGAGCAGGUGAUCUAGUGAGUUAAAAAUUUACAACUGCUCUAUGACUUGAAAAGGUCUCACUUAGACAUACUUUGAUUUGAGCUAAACUAAUAAGCACAAUUUAUAUUCAUUUACGAUGUCUUCUUAAAAUGUCUUCUCAUUUCUCAAUUAAUUACAUGACAGCCAACAGUAACAGUGGUAAUUUGUAGGGUUUUUUUAUUGUUUGAUUAAAAUGUUCUGUAAUUCCCUCUUUAUAGUGUAAUACUUCCAUGUCAUCUCAGUUUUACUUUUAGCACAUUUAUUAUUUAGACCAUAAGUGGAACUGUUCUUAUGUACUAGUAAAUUCUGAUGCUUUAUAUUAAUCUUGUCUCUUGUGAAGUAUAAUUUGUGUAUAGUGCAAUGUAAAAAAAAUACUGUAGUUAUUUUUGUUCCUCUAAAACGUGCAAUUUUCUCUUCUCUUUCCACUGUUGUCUUGGAAGCUAACUGUAUUUUUUAUUAUUGCUGAUCUGCAAUAAA